CUGCCAACCGUAGUAUCUUAUGAAAUAAUUUCCUACGCAGUCGGUGAAUUUAUUUACAAUUUUUAGGGCGGUCGUCCAUGUUAUGGUAACAGGCACCAGGCAACCUAUAGUGGCUAUAGAAUAAAAUAUGGUAGUGCGUGUCGUCUAAGCAUACAGUGGUGAUGUGUGAAGAAAGCGAAAUCACUUAUUUGGACGGUGAUGUGGUGUGGGUCAAACUCGGGUCUUGCUGGUGGCCCGGGGAGGUCGUGGGUCCGGAUAAGUUGCCACCCGACCUCCUGGCAUCAUUCAAAAAGCCACCUAUUGCUGUCGUGAAGUUUUACCAGGAGGACACAUAUGAAUAUGUCAAGAACCAUAACUCCAUAUUUAAGUACAACUGUAGCCGCAAAAAUGAAUUUAUCAAAAAAGGAAUGUAUAUGUAUAGAAACAAAAAGGGCAACAUGGAGAAGUUUCCUGAUGAUGUGGUCAGAGCCGAGGUUGCAGUUGACGGAGACAAAGAUAUAUUAACUCGUGAAGAAUUUCAAGAAGAGAAGAAAGAAAGCUAUGCAGGGCUAUUCGGAGAUCCUAAGAAAAAUUAUGACACUGCCAAAAAAGGAAAAAGCAGUAAAGGACGAGUGUCUGAAACUACACCAAUACACAGGCUACGACAUAAAAGCGACUACAAAGUACACAUUCUGGUGCAAAAUACAAAGUCUCCGCGACAAUCAACAGAAACAGCUCCAUCACCGUCUACAAGUCGCGCCGGCUCUGAACCGUUGGACUCCACACCACAACAAGAGUCCAAACCACAGAGCGAAGAAAAACCUGUUAACAGCACACCCAUUGCGUCCACCCCGGGGACGUAUGCAUGCCACUCCUGCAAUUUUAUAACAACUAGAUUAAAUGUCCUGAUCAUGCAUAAUAAAUCACACAGCUCCACAUUCUCAGCAUAUACUCCAUCACCGAUGUCUUUUAAAAAGAAGCCUGUAGCCAAAUCUCCUAAAGCAUCACCGGAUCCUACGGCCACGCCUAAAUCGCGAAAACCAAAGCAACAAAAUGUUGAAAAAGCCACUAAGAAGCAAGCUAAGAAGCGUGUCGCAGAGCCGGCACCAGCCGACCCCGAAGUUAAGAAAUCUAAAACAGAUGUUGAGAUAAAAAGCAGCCUGUUGGCUGAUUGGGAUGAUGCAGAAGAAGAAUCUAAUGAUGAGUCCUCGACAGCUAUGGCCGGCUCCCCAGAAAUACCAGUUGCUUCAGAAUCUCCUGCAAUUCCUACUGAAGCUGAACUGCCUAGCGCGCAAGUCCCCGAGGAAGAAGUACCUCCAAAAGCUGAAACCCACGAUGAGCAGUCCACUGCACCCGAAAAGCCGGAACUUUCAAACGAUGCCAAGUAUGAUUUUUGUGAAGACGAAGAUUGGCCUGUUGAAACAGAUGUCGGGCGAAAGAUUCCUCGCGUCAAAAAUCCUUCAAAACGGAAAGAAGACUCAAAAAGUCUCAGUAUUGAUGAUGAUGAAAUGGCUAAAGAAGUUGCUGAGCUUUUGAGUAAAUCGACCCUACCAGAGCUUCCGGCAAUACCGGAAACAUUUAAAGAGGAGGAAAAUUUUCCCGAGCCUUCGAUAGUAAAGUCACCAGAUAAACAAGUUGAAAAAGUUCAGCCUCCGAUAGCUGAAACAAAAGGUCCAAGUGAAACGCCACCUACAAAAACUAUAUUCAAAACGAAGACGUUUUUUCGGAGUAGACAUUCUCGAAGCCAAGAUGCAAUAGGAAAGUAUGUUGCGGAACAGCUGAAUGCAGCAGAAAGAUUAGACAUGUCAGAAAAUGACAUUAACGGUGCUGAUAUCACGUCACUAAUUGAACCAAGGAUUUCGCCGCCAGUAGAACAUGUUAAAGUUGCCCGAUUAGCUCCAAAAAUACAACUUAAGAAAAUGAAAGCUGAGGCUGCGCAAUUGCUUGAAAGGGAAAAAUAUAAUAAUAGCCACAUGAUUAAAGAGCAAUCAGUCUUAGAUAGUUCAAUUGUUUUAGAAACUGUAGAAAAACCAAGUCAAGCGGCAGAAGAACCUGCGAAAACAAUGAACGAAGAGAAUAUUUUAUGUGAAAAUAAAAAUACAGUAAACAAAAAUGUACAAUUGGAUACAACUGAAAUAAUAGAAGACAACAGAAAAGCAUGUGAAAUUGAGUUUGAGAGUGUUGACAAUAAAGUUAAAGAUAUAACUGAAAAAGAAAUUGUAAAAGCAGAUAAUAUUGAAGAUAAAAGUGAAAAAGUACUUGAACAGAUUACAGAUGUACCAGAAAACAUUACUAGUAAUGAUAAAGAUAACACUACUUUGGUUACAAUAACAGAACCUAUGGAAGUAAUUAAACCGUUUAUGAGUGAGUCUACUGCCUCAGCAGUAGAUGCUUUAUUGAGUGUAUCAAGAGAGACUGAUAGAGUAACUAAAGUAAUAAGCGAUGACCCGCCGGAAGAUUUAUUUGAAGAUGACAAUAAAGACAGCAAGCCUUUUUGUGUUUCUAAUGGAAUAAAUGAAAAUCAUCAUGAAAAUGAUGUACCUGAAAGUAUGGAUAUAUGUCCAGAGGUGCAUUUAAAGGAAAAUAUUGCGAAUGAUAAUAUAAUUAACGUGGAAGACAAUAGCAAGGUCAAAAACCUGUCAACAGGAGAUGAAGAAAUAACAAAAGACACGUCAGUUCCAACAUUAGAAGAUUCAUCCUUUAACAAGGACAAAACAGAUACUGUAUUAGAAAAUAAUGAUACUAUAGCAGCUGAAAAAGAUACUGAAUUAGAAAAUAUUGAUACAGUAGUAGCAGAAAUAGACAACGGUACGAUUGAGAAUAAUUUAUCGACUGAAAUAGAUAAAGACAAUGGUACGGUUGAGGAUAAUUUAUCGACUGAAACAGAUAAAGACAACGGUACGAUUGAGGAUAAUUUAUCGACUGAAACAGAUAAAGACAACGGUACGAUUGAGAAUAAUUUAUCGACCGAAAAUGUGCCAUCAGAGUCUGAUUUACAAGUCGCACAAGCUUUGAUUAAUUUACCUUCCACUAAUUCUGUUCGCAGUAAACUGGUGAUGGACUCUAAAAUUAUUUCACCAAAAAACAAACCCGAAUCGUACACACUUCUUAACACCAUUUUAGACGAGGGAUUUAAAAGCGCUAAGGAUCGUCAAACAAUUUUAACGAACACAGUCAGUGCAGUGGUGCUUCCAGACGGUGAAAUUUCGCCCAAUACUGAAACACUAUCUAGUCGUUUUGAAACUGAACAAGAGAAGUCUGAAAAUUUAAAUGCCGCGCAGUCGUUAGUGCAAAUGUCAGAAUCUAUCGAUCAUAAAAUGAACGUCAAAGAGAUCAACAUUUUAAAAGAUGAAAUAAUGAAACCAAUUUCCACAUCACUCGCACAAGUAAAAACGAGUCAAAAAGUAGACCAUGUGACGUCAACUACGACUGAAAUAACCAGCCAACCUGCUGUAAGUAAAAGCAUAUUAAGUAACACAAAUUCUCCUAAACUACUUAAAAUGUUAGAGGAACCGGCUCUCCAAAAAAUUGCGCCUGCAAAGAAUCCCGUCACUAAGCAUGUCAUAGUUUCGGGAAAUGAUAAGAUUCUUAAUUUUGAUAUUGGAAAAUCGUUAAAAAAUAAAACGACCAAACAGAAGAUCAUAAUUCGUCGUGCUGCGCCGUCGAAGACGCUACUCAAUAAUGUGACAGAAAGUCCUUCGUCACAUAAAAUAAUACUAACACCCAGUAACAAAUCACAGGAAGGUAAUUCUGUGACAUAUUCUAUUAAACCCGCACCAGUCUCACCCGACUCUAACGCUAUUGUAUAUCAACAAAAAAUUCGCAAGAUCUCAAAACCGGUAUCAAAAUUACAAAAAAUUAAGCCCCAGGUGCUACCAAAAAUUGAACCUAAAAUUUUAUCAUCUCCAAUGAAAGAUACGAAAGUCGAUGCAGACAAAAUGAAUACAGAUGCGAUGUUCGAUAUCAAUUCGAUGCCAGUCGUGUUAUCGGACGAUAUAUUAACGCCCGAAUCGAUAGAAAAGAUGCCAAUUGUCAUGUCAGAUGGAAAUAUCAUAUCGACUACGAGCAACCCUACCAAAGUCAUCAAAAAGCAAGUAACCAGCGUCCGUGAAAAUGUUUACCUCAGUCCCACUCCCAAGACCGAGACGAAAACGCUUCUAGUGAAUUCCGUUACCGAAACAAAAGUGACGUCGACACCUAACAUACUCUCAAAGUCCUCAAAAAUUCGAGGGACGAAGCCCCUGCUGGUGAUAGACAAAACGGGAAAACAGAAGCUCGUAAUGCCCAAAUCUGAGCCCCAAGUGAAAGAAGUAAAGUCGACCACUCUCCUACAACCCGCACCGCAGUCGCCGAAGACAGAGAAAUUUAUAAUAUUACCGACGACUAGCGCCCAGCGCCCCGUCGUCCGAACGCAAAAAAUCGUUAUCGACCCGCAGACUCGAAAAGCUCACGUUUUGGUGGGCAAGGGGCCGGAAGCCGCUCCGAACGUCGUCGACAACAAACCCGUCUCGGCGAAGUUGAUAUCCUCCGCAGCGGAGACCAACUCCUCCGGCAACACCGUCAUGAUCAUCACCAACGCCCAGGGCGCCCAGUCGAGGAUCGUCCUCACGUCGGAGCACGAGAAGAUCCUGUUCCCCAACAAGCAGCAGCCGAACGUCACGCAGCUGAAGAAAAUAGUUCACCGAAUAUCCCCCAACAACGGCGCGGCGCCGAAGCAGCCCAUUGCCGUCGCGCCGUCCCCGAAAACCGCGCCGAGAAUCGUGCAGAAACAGAAGGGCACCGUCAUCACUUCGAAGGGCCAACUGAUCGCGGGCGGCCGAGCUCCCGCUCCGACGCCGAACAUAGCGCCCGCACCCGCGCCGCUACCGGAGAUACGUCCGGCGGCGCCGAAGCGAAUCAUCGCCGCCGAGCCCAAGAAACUCGUUCAGACUAUUCAGAAAAAUUCAUCGGAGCCGCUGAUAUUCCUGCAGCAGAAGAACGGCUCGGUGAUGCAGCUGACGGUGGCGCAGUUCGAGCACCUCCAGAGGACGGGCCAAAUCGUGCAGAAGGCCCCGCCUCCACCUCCGCAGGAGAAGAUCGUAGUUCAAAAGUCCAUAACCAUCAAGCCGCCCGACAAGCCGGCGUCGCCGGUUCCGAAGCCGCGGGCCAGGCGGCAGGUCGCCGAGACCGCCCCGGCCGCCAAGAGACCCAAACACGAGCAGCAGCCCAUCGCGCCGGGGCGACCCGUCAUCACGCAGAUGCCCUCCCUGGCGCCGCUCACCGGCACGAUAGCCCCGGCCGCCGCGCUCGGGUCGAGCUCGGCGGUCGGCGGGGCGGGCGACAACUUCGGCGAGCUGGACAACUUUGAGGAACUGCUUCCGUCGACCACGAUAGCGCGCCAGCCGGAGCUCGUGCCCGCCCCGCCGGUACCGGCUCCCGCCCCCGCCCCCGUCCCCGCCCCCGCCCCCGCGCCCGCGCCCGCCGUGCACGUCGACGGCCAGCUACUGGCGAUCCCCGGGGAGAACUUCGGCGGCCCGCCCGGCUCCUUCUACCUGUGCGUCGAGGACAACGGCACCCUCACCCGAAUCGACAACCGGCCGCUCGUCCUCGAGGACAACCAGCUGGUGCCGAUAGCGGACGCGGUGGCCGCGCCGCAGCCCGAGCGCCGGGACAUCCUCGAGGCGGCGCUGGCCAACAGCGACGUGUUCCACGCGGAGCCGCGCGACGAGGCGCCCGACUUCCGCGACCUCAACGCCAACGUGUCGGUGCACUGCCGCGUGUCGGAGACGAGCACGACGCUCAACCAGCCUAUAAUGACGCCGGUGGAGGUGCCGUCCAAGAUCGGGGGCUCGCCGGCGGCGACGGCCAGCCUGGAGGCGGGGCUCGCCGUCAUCGGCGUGACGCCGCAGACCGUGCCCACCUCGCUCGAGCUGCCGAUCACGGUGACGGACCCGCGGAUAGCGCCGCGGACGACGGACCCGCUCGGCAACGGCGGGUACGGCGCGCUACUGGCGUCGCCCACCACGGGCAUGACGUUCGUAACGACGGACGAGGUGCAGGUGUCGGCGGCGCCCAUCUCCAUGCCGCUGCUGACAGACGACGACGAGCUCGGCAAGUCCAUGCCCAUCCUGACCGACGCGCCGCUGCCCGCAGCCGAUCUGGCGCACACCAGUUAAAAGAGGCCCCCUCUCCCCUGAACUAUUUAUUCGUAAAGCGUAUAAGAAUAUUUAUGUCUCCUGAUGUGCAAUAGGCUAACCGCUAAGGGAUCCUUGUGCCAGUGUGUACUUUGAGUACGACGAGGCGAAGCAUCCGGAAAGUGAAGUUUUUAAUGACAGAGUUUUAUGUUAUGGAGCGGGCGGCGAGCGUUCAAAACGCUCGAUGUGAAAAUUGUGUAAAUAACUAUUUUAAAUAGCGUCUACGCGUGUCGAGCGAAGUCGAGGCGCUCACGACACGAUUGUAUGUACAUUUAUAUAUUUUAAUUAUGAUACCGUUGGGUCGUCGAUGUAAAAUAUAAAUCUCUAAGUAUAUUAUGAUAUUUUUAUAUCUUUAAUGAAAUUUUUCGAUAUCACAAUUGCGUACGAACACGUUUUGUACUCGAAAUUGAUUUUGAUUGUUAUUUAGAGGGUACCGUUUGAUUUUCAUGUUACUAUGUAUUAUGUUGAACUAUUAAGCUAUAAGAUAUGUUGUGUAACUCUCGAUAGUCGGUAGUGUUAACGUUAAGCGCAAUGUUGGUGUCGAGGCACAGGUCGUUUGUCGGUCUAUCUCACAAUCUAGCGUGGACCGAGAGAAUUGACUUCUAGUAGUGAACGUCUGUGUAGCGUAAGGUUUUUAAUAAAUUAAAAAAAUCUUA